CGGAAGAGGCGGGCAGGUGCGGAAGAGGCGGGCAGGUGAAAGCGGGGUUAAGAUGGCGGCGCCUUUGAGGAUUCAGAGCGACUGGGUCCAAUCCCUCAGGAAGGAUGAAGGGGAAGCCUGGCUGAGUUGUCACCCUCCAGGGAAACCAACUUUGUAUGGUAGCCUGACUUGUCAAGGAAUUGGCCUCGAUGGCAUCCCAGAAGUUACAGCUUCAGAAGGAUUUAUUGUGAAUGAAAUAAAUAAGAAAAGCAUUCAUAUUUCUUGUCCUGAGGAAAAUGCAUCCUCAAAGUUUUUGGCACCAUACACUACUUUUUCCAGAAUUCAUGCUGAAAGUAUAACGUGCCUGGACGUUUCCAGUGGAGGCGGCCUUGGUGUGUCUUCUAGUAUUGAUGGGAGCAUGAAGAUCUGGCAGGCUUCCAAUGGCGAGCUCAGAAGAGUAUUGGAAGGACAUGUGUUUGAUGUGAAUUGUUGCAGGUUUUUCCCAUCAGGCCUUGUGGUUCUGAGUGGGGGAAUGGAUGCCCAGUUGAAGAUCUGGUCAGCUGAAGAUGGUAGCUGUGUUGUGACCUUCAAAGGUCACAAAGGAGGUGUUUUGGAUACAGCCAUUGUUGAUCGGGGCAGGAAUGUGGUAUCUGGUUCUCGAGACGGGACAGCACGACUUUGGGACUGUGGGCGCUCAGCCUGCCUGGGAGUCAUUGCGGACUGUGGUUCUUCCAUCAAUGGAAUGGCUGUGGGUGCUGCUGACAACUCUAUAAACCUCGGCUCCCGUGAGCAGAUGCCCAGUGAACGGGAGGUUGGAACGGAGUCGAAAAUGCUGCUGUUGGCACGGGAAGAUAAGAAACUUCAGUGCUUGGGACUGCAGAGCAGGCAGCCGGUGUUCCUCUUUGUUGGCUCUGAUGCCUUCAACUGCUGUACUUUUCUCUCUGGCUUCUUGUUAUUGGCUGGGACGCAGGAUGGAAACAUUUAUCAGCUGGACGUGAGGAGUCCGAGGGUUCCAGUACAAGUCAUCCACAGAUCAGGAGCACCAGUUCUGUCCCUGCUGAGUUUCAGAGAUGGAUUCAUUGCUAGUCAAGGUGAUGGUAGCUGUUUCAUUGUCCAACAAGACCUAGACUAUCUCAUUGAGCUCACUGGGGCCGACUGUGACCCUGUGUACAAGGUAGCCACAUGGGAGAAGCAGAUCUACACAUGCUGUCGAGAUGGUCUUGUGCGACGCUAUCAGCUUUCUGACCUCUAACCCCUUGGAAAGAAGAAUCCCAGUUAAUGAAAAAGUUUGGCCCUAGUCCACAAAAGAGAAUAAUCAUUAGUCCUUCUCAAGGACAUUGUCCCUUUAUUGUCUUGGGCACCCUUUGGACAUCACAGAAAAUCAGCUACAUUGGCCCAUGUAGAAUUAGCAUUCCAUGAUAAAACCUACUGUGAACUGAGUAAGAAGCUCACAUUUGAACCAUGUAUAAGCUCACCUCCAACAACAAGGGCGAGGAUAUGGAUGCUUACAGUUUGACCUUAAUACCAUUUGUGUUAAAUGUUUGCAGUGACCAGAGGACUAGAGCCUUUUCUCUGAAGGAAACAAAGAAUAUAUGUUUGGAGGAGUCUGAAUUCGAAAAACUUUGUUAAAUAUUUACUCCAGAAAGUCAUUUAAGUUGAUUGAGCUCUUGUCUUAGGCACUUCCUGUUGGCCUGGACAUAGAGAAAGACUGCUUGUUAGCAGUAAAUAUCCCAUAAGCAGCAAUCUGGGAAAAGAUUCUUACACAGAUAGGGAAACUGUCUCAGUGUGGACAGCAGUUUUCUGCUACAUGUGACUUUCAGUCCUUGGCAAACUGACAUGGUUGAUCAUCCCAAAUACAGGUGAUAAAAUUGAAUCUUAUCAUUGUAAAGGCAGUGGCUGUCUAAUUGUGGUCCCUUGAACAGCUGCAUUGGUAUCAUCUGGGAAUUUGUUAGAAAUAGAAAUUCCUGGGGCGCCUGGGUGGCUUAGUCUGUUAAGCAUCCGACUUUCGCU